UGAUAUAUUUCAAUUUUUUUUUUAUAUUUUAAAUGUCACAAAAUAUAAUUUUUUUUCUUUUUAAUGCAUAAAAUAGUAAUAUUUAAAAUAUGAUAAAUAAAUGAAGUCUAAUUUUAUGUUAUAUUUAAAUGAAUAAAAAUAAAGUGUUUUAUUAUUAAUAUGAUAACCUUCAAACAUAUAAAUUCUUUUAUUCUAAAUAUAUCUGUAGAAAAAAAAGAUAUAUCUGUAGAAAUUUAUCUGUAGAAAAAAAAAUAUAUCUUUCAUCUGUAAUCGAUAUAAACAUAAAAUAUAAAUAUAAUGUUUAAACAGAAAUUUAUAGGAAAAUUUAUCAUGAUACGUUCUAAAAAAUUAGUUUCAUCUUUUUCAACACAAGAAAAUCUUCAUGACAUAUUAAUAACACAUUUAAAACUUGAUCAUAAUAUUGUUAAAAAAAAUGUUAAAAUUGAAGAAAAUAAUUUUAUUGAUAAAAUACCAAUCCGAAAAGUUAUUCAGAAUUGUAAUACCAUAAAGAAUACGAAUAUAAAUAUAGAAAAAAUGGAUUAUUUAAUGCAAUGCUUGACACUUGAACCUAUAAUUUUGAAAAAUAGAAUUUUUAUACUUAAAGAAUUAGGUAUAAAUUCUAUAGAAUUAAGUCAUAUUUAUCGAUUUCCAACAUUAAUGAGAAAAAAAGUAAAUACAUUUAAAAAAAUAAAUAAUAUACCUGUUACAGAAAAUAUUAUGAAAAAUAUAUUUUCUAAUGUAGGUAUAAAAAUUGAUAAUAAUGUUAUUAAAGAUUUUACAAAAUUUGAAAAAAAUAUGAAAAUAGGCAAUUAUUAUCAAAUAUGUAUGUCAUAUUAUAAAACAUUUUAUUUAAAACUAUAUGAUCAAACAUUUUUAAAAAAUAAUAAGAUAAAAUAUCGAAGUUUUAAAGAAAUGUUCAAAUUAAUAUAUGUAUUAAAAAAUAAAUUUAAUUUUGAUGAAAAAUUUAUAAUAAAAAAUUCGUAUCUCUUGAAUAUAGAUGUGGAUAAUGUUGAGAAAAUGAUAACUGAUUUUAAAUAUAUUAAAAUAAAAGAAAAAACUUUAUUUGAUUUAAUAAAUAUAUAUCCUCGUAUUCUCUUGCAUGAUAUAAAUGAAGUGAAAGAAUUAAUAGAACUUUAUAAAACAUUAGAUAUACCAUAUCAGUUUUCUUAUUUUUGCGUAAAAUGUUUAUCAGUAAAAAAAAAAAAAUUUUUGGAGAGAUAUAAUGAUUUUCAAAAUAAUGUAGAAUUAGCUAUAUGGUUAAAACAUCCACGAUUCUUACAAUUAAUUUAUUAUUACAAAUUAGUCAAGAAACGUUUAUAUUAUAUGAAAUAUUUAAAUUGUAUAGACCAUGCAAAUAUUCAAAUAUAUUUAUCAUCAAAGGAAAUUUUUCUCAGAUUCAUAGAAGGAGAAUAUGAUUUGAAAUCUAAAAAAAAACAUUUAUUAUUCAUUUUUCGAAAAGAAUUUGGAAAAGAUAUUAAUUUAAUCUCUGUAAUUCAAAAACAUCCUUAUUGGAAAUAUGUUUCCUUGUUAAUAAUUAUUAAAUCAAUACAAUAUUUAAAAAAACAUUAUUCAAUAGAAGAUAUAUGUCAAAAUAUUCAUAUCAUAUUGUAUCCAAGAUCGAAAAUUGAUUACACAUUAAAUUUGUUGUAUAAAAAAUAUUCACAAGAGGAAUAUAAUUCUACACAUUAUUUAUCAUUGUGCUUAUACGAAUUAGAAAAAAACUAUUAUUUUAGUGGAGAUGGAAUUUGGCCAAAUGAAGUAUCAGUUUUCAAAUCAAGUAUUUUUGAGGAUUCAUUUAAUUUUAAUAAUUUUAUUGAAUAUAUAGAUAACAACGAUAACAAAAUAAAGGAUUUAACUGGAAAAGCAUGGCUCGAAUAUUUAUUACGAUAACAAAUAUAUUUGAAUAUAUUUAUAGAAAAAUAUAUGUGUAUAUAUAUAUAUAUAUAUUUUUAUUUAAUUAAAAUGUUUUAUUUAUAUUAUAUUUAUUAUAUAUUAUAAAUAUAUAAUAAAUAUAAUAUAUAAUAAAUGUUAUAAAUAUGUAUAUAUGAAAUAUGGAAUAUAUAAAUUGUAAUAAAUUAAAUGUUUUUAAAAAUGAAAAAUUUUAAUAAAAAAAAUUUGAAAUAUUA